ACCCUUCACUUAUAAAUACGUGUACGUUGAUAGAAGGUGUACUUAACAUUCUACGUGUUACAUCUUCCACACUCUUUGCUCCUUAUUUUUCGUGUCUUUCUCUUUAUCCUCUUCUCAUUUUAUCCAUUCCCUUUUAAGUUUUUGGGUUCAAAAUAUUUAUUAUUGAAAAUAUUUUGUCUUGAUUAAUCACAAUGUGUGGCAUACUUGCUGUACUUGGUUGCUCAGAUGAUUCACAAGCUAAAAGGGUCCGCAUCCUUGAGCUUUCUCGCAGAUUGAAGCAUCGUGGGCCAGAUUGGAGUGGGCUCCACCAACAUGGUGACAAUUAUUUGGCUCAUCAAAGGUUAGCCAUUGUUGAUCCUGCUUCUGGUGAUCAACCUCUCUUCAAUGAAGACAAAUCUAUUAUUGUCACUGUGAAUGGGGAGAUCUACAAUCAUGAAGAGCUCAGGAAACAAUUGCCUAAUCACAAAUUUCGUACACAAUGUGACUGUGAUGUUAUUGCACACCUGUAUGAGGAACAUGGAGAAAAUUUUGUGGACAUGUUGGAUGGUAUCUUUUCAUUUGUUCUGCUGGAUACUCGUGACAACAGUUUCCUAGUUGCAAGGGAUGCUAUAGGGGUCACUUCCUUGUACAUUGGUUGGGGACUAGAUGGUUCUGUUUGGAUUGCAUCAGAAUUGAAAGGGCUGCAUGAUGAAUGCGAACAUUUUGAAGUUUUUCCACCUGGUCACUUGUACUCGAGCAAAGAAAGAGAGUUCCGUAGAUGGUACAAUCCUCCAUGGUUCAAUGAGGCUGUUAUUCCGUCAACCCCUUAUGAUCCGAUAGUUUUGAGGAAAGCCUUUGAGAGGGCUGUCAUAAAACGGUUGAUGACUGAUGUACCGUUCGGUGUUUUACUAUCCGGUGGUUUGGACUCUUCAUUGGUUGCAGCUGUUACUGCUAGAUACUUGGCUGGCACAAAAGCCGCUAAGCAAUGGGGAGCAAAAUUACACUCAUUCUGCGUAGGCCUUAAGGGUGCACCUGAUCUGAAGGCUGGAAGAGAAGUAGCAGAAUUUUUAGGAACUGUCCAUCAUGAAUUUGAGUUUACUAUUCAGGAUGGUAUAGAUGCAAUUGAAGAUGUCAUCUAUCAUACAGAAACAUAUGAUGUAACUACAAUCAGGGCCGCAACACCGAUGUUUCUGAUGUCUCGUAAGAUCAAAUCAUCAGGAGUCAAAAUGGUGAUUUCUGGAGAAGGAUCUGAUGAGAUCUUUGGAGGGUAUUUGUAUUUCCAUAAGGCACCAAACAAAGAAGAGUUUCACCAAGAAACAUGCCGCAAGAUCAAAGCACUUCAUAGAUAUGAUUGUUUGAGAGCAAAUAAAUCAACAUAUGCAUGGGGUCUAGAAGCUAGAGUACCAUUUUUGGACAAGGACUUUAUCAAUGUUGCAAUGGACAUUGAUCCUGAGGCUAAAAUGAUAAAUCAUGAAGAAGGAAGAAUUGAGAAAUGGAUACUUAGGAGGGCUUUUGAUGAUGAAAAGAAUCCUUAUCUGCCUAAGCAUAUUUUAUAUAGGCAGAAGGAACAAUUCAGUGAUGGAGUCGGCUACGGUUGGAUUGAUGGCAUUAAGGACCAUGCUGCAAAACAUGUCACUGAUAGAAUGAUGUUCAAUGCAUCUCACAUCUUUCCUUUCAACACUCCACUUACCAAAGAAGCAUAUUACUAUAGAAUGAUCUUUGAGAGGUUUUUCCCUCAGAACUCGGCAAGGCUUACUGUUCCUGGAGGAGCUAGUGUUGCAUGUAGCACAGAGAAAGCUAUUGAAUGGGAUGCUUCUUGGUCAGGCAACCUUGAUCCUUCUGGUAGAGCAGCACUUGGAGUGCAUGUUUCAGCUUAUGAAAACAAACUGAACUCAGUUACCAAAGGUGUAGAGCCAGAGAAAAUUAUACCAAAGAUGGGAAUUUCUCCUUUUGGAGUUGCCAUUCAGAGCUAGUAUGAGACAUGGGAAGGACUAGUUCCCUAAAAAGUCCAAGAUAUUAUUUAUAGUACUAUAGUAUUCAAUAAUUUCAUAAGGAAAAAUUUGCCUGUUGUGUAUUUUAUCUAAGGCAAAUGCUAUGUAUAAGGCUUUCUAUUUAGCUGUAUUUAAGUGUUUUUCUGUUGUGUAAUAUUCUACAUCUUGUCUUUACUUUGAAUUAAUGUGGUAUUUGAAGACUGUCAUAUUGUACCAUGGUUUUAAGAAAAUUCUGUAUUGUGUUGAAUUUGAAUGCAAGCUACUACUAUUUUAAUUAAA